AUGUCUCCACAUGCAUUGGUAGAAGAACCUAGUGUUCCAUCCUCAUCCUCAGUCAGUGUUAAUGAACUUGAUGCUGGUAAUAUUGCCAUCAUUAAAGCUAAUCCAUUUGGUACAGCAGUUGACCCAAACUUAAUCAAAGGAUCCGUCUACACUUCCGCCUCCACCAUCAUUAAUCAAACUGUUUAUUCUAUCGCUUCUAAAAUUUUUAGUUAUGAAACUAUUGGGGAUGAUAAUUUAUUAGAUUCUCAUAUUCAAUUAUGGACCCAAACUUAUCAAAGAACAAAUUCUUUUGGGAUUGUUCCAUUUUUCCAUAAAUUCCAAGUUAGAUCCGGUGCUUCCAAUGCUAUUUUAGGGUAUUUUAAGAAGAAUGGGACUAAUGGACAACCAGUGUCUGCAUUUGUUGGUGCUAAUGCUUUGAAUUAUAUGAGAAGUUCAUUAUCUGGUCAAGUGGCUAAUAACUUACCUUUAGCUUUUAAUGUAUCUGCUAUUGAUUUUGAUCAAGAGACUAAUUCAUUGGUUUCCAAUUAUGGAUCACCUUUAAGUGUUGCUCGUGCUUUGAAUUAUUCGGUUUUUACUCCAGUUGAUGCUAAUGACGGAUUGGAAUUACAACAUUUAGCUAUUUUGAAUCAUGUUUUUGCUUCUUUUGUUGGAAAACCUUCUUUAUAUUUAUUCGAUGGUCCUGAAUUUGCUAAAACUUUUACUAAAUUCCAUGAUUUAUUAUCAGUUGAAAAAUUAGGUCAUUUAUAUCAAGAUUUAUUAUUGAAAUUAAGUUCAGUUUCUGUUGGUAAUUUAGAUCAAGCUAUCGAUGCUGUUUUUGUUGCAUUGAAUGAUUUAACUGGAAAGACUUAUUCACAAUUUGAAUAUACUGGUGCUGCUAAUCCUGAAACUGUUUUUGUUGUCUAUGGUUCUCAUGAAACAUCCCAAGUUUCUUCUGUUGUUGGUACCACUACUGGUUUGAUCAAAGUUAGAGUCCCAUUACCUUUCAACCAAGAUAAAUUCUUAGCUUCAAUCCCAUCAUCCACCAAGAAAUUAGUCGUUUUAACUCCAAACACCAGUGAUGUUUCUUUGAAAGCCGACAUCACCGCUUCGGUAUACUUAAGUGGAAGAUAUCAUACCUUAUCAAUCGAUGAAUUCAACUAUCCACUCGAUUUCAACUGGACUCCAAUCACAAUCACCAAGAUCUUAACCCAAUUCGACCCAACCUUAAACAUUGAUCAAUUAUUACCACCUCCAGCUGCUGCCACUUCCAUCAAUGGAUCUGCAUUAACUGCUAACUCCUCUCCUGAAGGUAAGUACUUAUUCUGGGGUAAAGACAAUAGCAUCCUCGUUCCAACCGCUGAUAGAUUAGCAUUAUCAUUAUCAUUAGACAAUACCAAAACAAUCAGUAUCAGAAACAAAUUCGAUAAUGCCACCGCGGGGGGAUUAUUCCAAUCUCAAAUCGUUUCCACCAGCUCCAGUGAAAUCCAAUCGGUUGAUGCUGCUGAUGUUGUGAUUAUUGAUGAUUUAUCAAUUUUGGACAAUUAUGAUAUCGUAGCCACCACAAAACCAGGGGCUCAUAUUUUGUAUAUCAACCCAAAAAAACCAAUCACUAGCAUUGAAGAAGACGUGAUUGGGAAAUUAUCAAUUGAUUUCAAGAAAGCCGUUGCUAGGAAUGAGAAUAAAUUAUCAUUAAUUGAUUUUUCAAUUCUUGAAACUUUAGAUGAAUUGAAUAGUUCCACCAAGGGAUUCUCAGGGGAUUUUUUGGUUCAAUUAGGAUUUUGGCGAGCUGCAUUGCCGGAAUUGGAUGGGUUUAUUGUUAAUAAAUUAUUACAAGCUAAUGGUAAUUCUUUUGAAUUGUUAGGUACGGUUUUGGAUAAUUUUAUUAAGAUUGUGGAUGAGAAUCAAGGGAUUAAGGAAAUUCCAGUCUCUCCUGAAUGGGUUGAUUUAGUUGAAGAAGCACCAAGCAAGGAAGAGCAACAACCAGAAGAAUCAGAUGACAUUGAAGUCGAUGAAGAAGAAGAAGUUGAAUUACCAUUCUUCCCAAUCGAAACCUCCUUCUUCCCUAAUCCAAGAACCGCCUCCACCACCAACUCCACCGAAGAAAUCAGCACCACCUCAAUCAAGAGCCUUGCCACCAAGAUCGCCUUCCCGGAAGCAUUUGGAAUUUCACAAGAAUUAAGACCCGAUUUACCAGUCAAGAAUUUCGUCGUCAAGGUCCAAGAAAGCAAACGAUUAACACCAGCUGAAUAUUCCAGAAAUAUUUUCCAUAUUGAAUUCGACACCACUGGAACUGGAUUAACUUAUGAUAUUGGGGAAGCAUUAGGUAUUCAUGGAAGAAAUAACCUGGAAGCCGUUGAGGCAUUCUUGGACUUCUAUGGCGUAGAUGGUGAUUCUCUUGUUGAAAUCACCAACAAGGACGAUGCCACCCUUUUAGAAAUCAGAUCAGCAAGACAAGCUUUAUCCGAAACCGUUGAUUUCUUAGGCAAGCCCCCCAAAAGAUUUUAUGAAUCCUUAAGUGAAUUCGCCACCGACGAAAAGGAACAACAAGCAUUACGUAAACUCGCCAGUGCUGAAGGUGCUGCUGAAUUGAAACAAAGGCAAGAAGUUGAAUUUGAUACCUAUUUCGACAUCUUGGAAGAAUUCCAAUCGGCCAGACCCAAAUUUGAAGAAUUGAUCAAAAUCAUCGCUCCAUUGAAGAGAAGAGAAUAUUCAAUUGCUUCUUCGCAAAGAAUUCAUGAAAAUGCCGUUCAUUUGUUGAUUGUGGUUGUGGAUUGGAUCGACCCAAGAGGGAGAUUGAGAUAUGGACAUUGUUCUAAAUAUUUAUCCGAUUUGAAAAUUGGUGAUGAAUUGGUCGUGAGUGUCAAACCAUCAGUUAUGAAAUUACCUCCAUUAUCCACCCAACCGAUCGUUAUGUCCGGGUUAGGUACUGGUUUAGCCCCAUUUAAGGCAUUUGUUGAAGAAAAGAUUUGGCAACAACAACAAGGUAUGGCAAUUGGGGAUAUUUAUUUAUAUUUAGGUUCAAGACAUAAGAAGGAAGAAUAUCUUUAUGGAGAACUUUGGGAAGCUUAUAAAGAUGCCGGAAUUUUAACCCAUAUUGGGGCUGCUUUUUCAAGAGAUCAAAAACAAAAGAUUUAUAUUCAAGAUAAGAUUAGAGAAUCAAUUGAAGAAUUGACUGAUGCUAUUGUGACUAAGAAUGGUAGUUUCUAUUUGUGUGGUCCUACUUGGCCUGUACCUGAUAUCACUGCUUGUUUGGAAGAUAUUGUUGCGAAUGGUGCUAAGAAGACAGGUGUAGAGAUUAAGGAUGUUGCUAAGGUUGUUGAAGAUAUGAAGGAAGAUGGUCGUUAUAUCUUAGAAGUUUAUUAG